AUGGUAAAUUUGUCCUUCGGUAAAGUGAUUGAAUCCUUAUCAACUGUAUCCAAAGACCUUCACGUUGAAGUUAAUGGGAAAAUCACUAAAAUCAGAAUUGAUGAAGUCGAUACAGAUUGGGUUCCAUUCAAAUAUUCAGCUGAGGAUUCCACUUCUGAUGAGGAGGAUGAUAAUGAAGAGGAAGAUGAUAGUAAGGAUUAUAUUUCUGAUACGGUCCUAUUGGAUAACAAUAAUGAUGAAGAGUUGGAGGAUGGGGAAUUCAUAAUUCCAGAAGUUGAUGCAGUUAAUGGUUCUGUCAUGAAUAAUGAAAACUCGUAUGAUAAGAUCUGA